AUGCAGAGCUUCCUGAAGUUGCUGAGAGGGAGUGUGGGCACCAGCCCACCCUUGGAGCUGGUGACCCUUGCAGGCAGGCUGUGCCGGGACCUUCAGGAUGACCUUGCCCAGGUGCAGCCAUUAGUCACAGCCAUGCUGGACAGCCAGCUCCACCAGUAUCUCCUGGACAAUGCAGAUGUGGCCCUGAUGUGCGCCCGUAUGCUGGUCCAGCAGGAGCAGCACCAGGCUGCCUGCCAGCUGCUGAAGAGUUGCCGGGUGCCAGGAGGCAGCCAGGAGCUGGUGCAGCUCUGGCAUGACAUUCACUACCAUCUGGUCAUGAAGAAGAUGGGUGUGGCUGUGCUGACCCCGGUGCAGAAGUUCCGCUGCAGGAAGAGGAACCCACCGCCCCCCUCCCUCUGCCCUGAUGGCCUGAAGAGCCGGAACUUCCCCAGAGAAGUUCGCCAGAAGCUGCACGACUUUGCCUCCGGUGUGAGCACCAACCCCAGCAAAGCUGAGCGGGAGAACCUGGCCUCAGAGACAAGCUUGACCGCAGAGCAGGUCUACAACUGGUUUGCCAACUACCGGCGGCGCCAAAGGGCCUUUCUACAGCACUUGGAGCCAGUCCCAGAGGACACUACAGAGGAUUCCAGCACCUGGGAGAAGGGUCUGAACCCCCCACAGCCCUCAGAUCACCUCCACCUUGGCUCUGGGUGUGGGGAUAGGCCUCAGUGGUCAGGUGAGUGGCCCGAGGAAGGUGAGGAAAACAGGCCUGCACAGUCCCCAGUGACCACCCGAGGGCCUUGGGAGCCGCUGGUCCUGACCCAGGACUUCUCUGGAGAUGAGACUAUGCCAACGCCACUGGCUUCCAGGUCUCUGCAGAGUGGUGAGAUGUACCGGGAGGAGCCUCACCACAAUCCUGUCAUCUUACCCCGAGUCUGCCCUGGCUCUAGCCUCUCCUCUCUGACUGCAAGCAGUGACAUGCUGGACCCAUCUCUGGCUGCCCCCAAGUCAUGGCUGAUGUCUCUUGCAAUGGCAUCCUCCAGGGAAGUUUCCUUCCAGACUGAGCAGCAGGUCCACGGUAAUGGGAUGGACAUGAUGAUGCGUCCUGAAGAUGCUACCAUGUCUGUGUCCGUUGCCACCUUUGGUGAGCCCAGCUUCACAGGAUUUACUGACCCACCUGGCAGCAACCUGCAGAGGACGUACCUGGAGUUGGGUCCAGGCUGCAGCGGUGGCCAGGCAGAACGACAGGUGGGCAACUUCCUGGUGACACAGCACCCAUUGGAGGCUCCUGAGUUCUUCCUCCCCCAGAGCCCCCCAGGAUUGGCACCAGCCCCAGACACCUUCCCCGGCCCGGUGUCUGCUGUGGAGCUGAGCCAGCCCCUGCCCUCCAGCCAGGUUCAGUGGCCCGAUGACCAGGCCUCCAGCGAUGCCUUCUGGGGGGCCAGGAUGCUCCUCGAGCUUUCAGGGAGCAGACUGGGCUGAGCUGUCCCCCAGGGGCCCUGCCGCUGCUCCAGGGGAACAGUUGUGGGCGUUGGCCUUUCACAGCGAAUUACAGAGCUUUAGGCGUCCCGACUUGAAAGAGCACUUCCCCAGGGUUCCCUGGGGCUUCCACUGAGAGCACUGAGGGCACUGAGCCCCCUUCUGGGUUCACAUAGUUUGGUUGGCAAUUCCCUGUGUUGGGGGAGCAUUUAACGCUCAUCCAAUCAGAAGUCAAAAGUGGGCCUACUUCACUCAGGCAGUGGCAGGUUACAGAGUUGAACUCCUGGGGGUUCCUGCCAGGGAAGGCCUUUCUAGAGAGAGAAGGCGGUUCUGCUGGCCACUCUACCACGGACCC